AAACAAGCGUAGAAAAACAGCGACUAAUUCCAAAACCAAUUUUUAUUGUUGAGAGUUGAAAAAUACGUAAAUUUUUUGAAAACUUAAAAUGUCUUAUGCUACGCUCGUCAACACUUGCGCUACGGCUGAGCAGAGCAUCCCCAAGCCACACUAUACACCGCGUAAGGCACUGCGGAAGGCUUGCAAACUGCUGCGUCGCUUUUUCCGCCCCUCCACGUCGGGCAGGGUAAUCAUCACCGCCGAGAAGCAAAUCGCGGAAGAGCUGUCGUCAAAAGUAACAGAGAUGUGUCGCAGAACCGACCUCAGCAUGCGCACCAAUUGCUCCGUACUAAGCGUCGAAGAUUAUGAGAAUCAGCUGAAUGAGUUAGCCGAGUUGGAAGCCGCCAUCAAGUCGUUCACUGCUGAGUAACGGUAUUUCAGCGAUGGCUACAUGGACUUAUUGUUUAAAAUGGAUGUUGAACACAACCGACUGGCAAACCGCUAGUGCCUUGAAGGACCUGGACCGUCCAUAAACCGCGCCACUUGCAUUUCAACGCUUUAUACAAUAUUAACGGAGCUUUAAUAGUUUGUAAUGCAGUUCAACUGCCAGCAAAUUAUCGUCGAUGCAAUUUUGAGCCCUUAAUCGUCCUGCGCGCGAGUUUCAUCCUCUAUUGGGCGGGAACGCAGCGUGGGCUGGCCUACUGCGUAAGCGUUGGCGAUGUGCAGCUUUAAUUUUGAAAUUGUCAUUGUGAUCAUGUGUCUUCCCAUUAGUUUAAGUUUCAAACUGAUCGAAUGUCUUCCAUUUAGCUGUUAAGUAACUAAAUAUGUAUUUUCAAGACGCUUAAUAAAAUGUCAUGCCAACAAAAACACAUAA